AGCCGCAGCGGGCUUCCGGAAAGUGGUGCUCAGCGUGGGGCAGGACUGGGCCGUUGAGCUUGCGCGCUGGCGUGCGACCGGAGCGGCGGCGGUUGCUAGGCAACGGCGAGCAGCAGAGGUGGAGGGCGUCGGCCGCGUAGAAGAAUCAAAGGACUGGGAUAUGAAAUGAUGAUAUAAUUUGAUAUAGCCAAGCAACCACUUCUCCUGAGUCAGCAUGUUAAAAAAUAAGGGUCAUUCAUCUAAACAGGAUAACUUAGCAGUCACUGCAGUGGCUUUACAAGAUCACAUUUUACAUGAUCUUCAACUUCGAAAUCUUUCAAUAGCAGAUCAUUCUAAGACAAAGGACAAAUGUACAAAUGUACAUUCUUGGACAGAGAACAGAUCCAAGUCUCUAAAAAGAAAUACAAAAGCAAUAAUAGAUACUGGACUUAAAAAAACCACACAAGGCCCUAAAGUGGAAGAUCCAGAAAAAGAAUACGUUCUUGAUCCAAAACCACCACCAUUAACUUUAGCACAGAAGUUGGGCCUCUUUGAACCUCCCCCAUUGCCACUGUCAUCAGAUGAAUGGGAAAAAGUGAAGCAAAGAUCCAUCCUGCAAGGGGAGUCCAUGCAGCCGUGCCCAAUAUGCAAAGAAGAAUUCGAACUUCGCCCGCAGGUGCUGCUUUCAUGUUCCCAUGUGUUCCACAGGGCAUGCCUUCAGGCUUUUGAAAAGUUCGCAAAUAAAAAAACCUGUCCUCUCUGUAGAAAGAACCAGUAUCAAACCAGAGUGAUUCACGACGGGGCCCGACUCUUCAAAAUAAAGUGUGCGGCCAGGAUCCAGGCCUUCUGGAGGGGACACGUGGUCAGGAAGUGGUACCGGGAGCUGAGGAGGACGGUGCCGCCCACGGACGCCAAGUUGAGGAGAAAGUUCUUUGAAGCAAAGCUUUCUGUUAUGUGCCUCAUACAAAAAGGCCAGGCCCAGAGGAAGGAGCAGCUACCCGGGCCGCAGUCCCCGGUCUGCCCUCCCCAGCUCUGCGGCUUCAGGCCAACAGCUGCAGCUGUGGCCUCAGAGUCUGCGCCUGGGAUGUGAAGGCAGUAAUCCCUCCCUGCAGAGCUGCUCCAACCCUGAGAGUCGCAGCACACAGUAGGCACCUGAAAAUUUGUAUUUAUUACAAAUGUUAACAUAUUGUUCAAGUUAGUCUUUAUGCUGUUUUAGAUUUAGGGCUAGUCCACAUUUCUUUAGGAUAGACUGUAUGAGAGUAUGGUAUUCUGACGAUGUGACCCUCAAAUCACUAAGAUAAAACUCACAGUCAUGCUUCCCUGUUACGGUUAUUUGUGGAAGCAUCACACACAUUUAUUUCGAUCUUUUCUAAACGUACCUAUUUUUUGGGCUGCACUCCCAUGUGGAACAAUGAGUGAUAGAAAAUUACCCUUCACUGUGUGCGGGAUCCCCUUUCUUCCGCUGUAUGACUUCCGUGGGCGUGUGAAGCGUAAGGACCUUGGCCCCGUGCAGCUGCCAUCAACACAUCACCCCCGUGCUGUCGUCCGACCCCCCGGCCUGCUGUCUGUGCGUCUCCUUCUCUGGCGUCUUGCAACUUCGCCCACCUUCUGUGUGCCAGGGUGGGAGGUGUGAGGGGGCUUCUUCACAGUGUCCCAGGACUGCGCGGGAAUCCUAAGAGUAAGAGGAUUGAGGCUCGACUCUAAAGCAGUGCGAUAAUAGAUUUUUUUUUCUAAUACCCUUCCUGAUCGCUUAGGUAACUGUUCCAAGCAAGGUGGCUAUCAGUAUGUGCAAAAGAAAAUCAGAAUCAUGGUUUAUGUGAUGUCUGUGCCUCAGACUUAUCAAGAAAAUAUACUUGAUUUGCCCUCAGGAGUAGGAGACCAUUAAAGGCAGUAUGUGAGCAAAUGGCCUUAAAAUACUGUGGAUCUUGAUGACGGA